AUGUUAGAAGGCGGACCCCAGCAAUCUAAACUACUUGCAUUCGACAUCUUCCAAGGUGGGAAGAUCCGACGAAAGGAGCCGACAGACUACCACGCAAUGUCCAACCACGAGUAUUUUGUGGAUUGGUUUGGUACCUUGCUGAACGAGCUCGAUGCCUUGGGUCAAUCUAACGUUGCAAUCGUGAUGGACAACGCCAACCCGUCUUCAGAACGCGUGCAAAACCUACGGGAUCUCGUUCAGCAGCAACGAUCCGAAGUGCACGUUGUGGACGAGCCUGAGCAAACACAUUGA